AAGUAAUUUAAGUGUUUAAUUCUAAGAAAUUCACAUCAUGGUUGCAUUCUGUUCUCCUGAGUUCUCAUACUCAAACAUGGGUUGGCUUUUACAAGAGUUAGAGCCUGCACAGUCCUUAAAUAUUAUCCACAAGGACAACAACUAUGCAACUAAUUUAGAGUACUCUUUACCUCAAUAUCAUCAAUUCUCUUCACUCAAGCAACAACUUGUUGAGAAUGAAGCACCACCAUCACCCCCUAAACUUAUGGUGAAAAAGCUUAACCACAAUGCUAGUGAACGUGAUCGCCGUAAAAAGGUCAAUACCUUGAUCUCUUCACUUCGUUCACUUCUUCCAGGUGAAGACCAAACGAAAAAAAUGAGCAUUCCGGUAACAAUAUCAAGAGUGUUAAAAUACAUACCGGAAUUACAAAAGCAGGUGGAAGGGUUAACUAAGAAAAAGGAAGAUCUUCUAUCAAGAAUUUCUAGGCAAGAAUAUGCAGUCAACAAAGAAUCACAAAGGAAAACAAUUCCUAAUUACAAUUCUUGUUUUGUGGUUUCAACAAGUAGGCUUAAUGAUAAUGAGCUUGUUGUUCAUAUUUCAUCUUAUGAGCCUUACAAGAUUCCAUUAUCUGAGAUCUUGAUAUGUUUAGAAAAUAAUGGACUUUUUCUACUAAAUUCUUCUUCUUCUAAAACCUUUGGAGGGAGACUCUUCUACAACUUGCAUUUUCAGGUGGAGAAAGCUCAAAUUUUAGAGUGUGAUGAUUUAAUUCAGAGGCUUUUACCAAUCUAUGAGAAGCCACGAUGUAAUCAAUUUAGUGUUGGAAGAUAAAACUCAAAUUAGGGUAGAAGUUUGUACAUAUUUUGGCAGCACAGAUGAUUGAAAUAUUGGAAAGGAGUAAUCACAUGCAUCCAUUCAAGUAGGAAGAGGAUGCUUUGUAAUUUUAUUAAGAGCUGAUUUAAGUUGCAUUAGCAUACUUCUUUUUCUAUAACAUUAUCAAUAGCAUAAUAGCUAGUUACACUCGAUCUAACCAAG